UCAAGAUGGCAAAUUGACCUAAAAAAGAUGCCACCUCAUAAAGGAUAUCAGUACAUAUGUAAUAUCGUUGAUUGUUUUUCAAGAUUUGCAUUUGGCCAAGCAUGCAUGUAAAACUAAAAGUGCUACUGAAAUAAGCAAAGUUGUACUCAGUUACAUUUAUCUAUAUGGAGCUCCACGUAUUCUACAGUCAGACAAUGGAAAAGAAUUCCGGAACUCGCAUCUUAAAGAAGUUGUAAUACAAUUUGACACAGUCCAAAUGCAUGGUAGACCAUACCACCCACAAAGUCAGGGCAGAGUGGAACGUUUUAAUCGCACACUGACUGAGUAUUUUAGAAUUAAAAUGUCAGAACGUUCAGACUGGUCCGAUCAACUUCCUGAAUUUUAUUACGCAUAUAACAACAGGCUAAACAAGGCCACACGUCCAAAGACUCCAUAUCAGCUAUUUUUUAGUCGACCAAAUUUUGCUGUGCCGCUUGAUGAUCAGGUACCUUAUGCUUCUCUUACUAAAGAAGAACGAGACUUUUUAGAGCACGCCGAAUUAGAUGUUGAUGAAAAUGAGUCAGAGGAAGAACUCCCAGAAGUAUCUGUUGAUGUGCUACACUCAUCCUUAACUGAGGCUUCAGGUGGAAACCAAUUCGCCAGUACAAAUCAUAAUGAAGAGGAACUCACUUUACAUGACCAUGGCGUAAAUGAAGAACAUGGCAAUUUACCUCCAGAUUGUACCCAGGAAAAUGAUUUUGUAGUGCCCGAACCAUCAUUUUCACAAACUGUUAUUUUGCAAGAAAAUGUUAGUCCAUACUACAAACAAAUGUAUCAGAGAAAGUUUUAUAAUGAGCAAAAUAAAGAAAAUGUACCAGUUCAUCCACAGAAUGUAAAUCAAAAACAGUUACCGGUAUUUAACACUGGACUCACCGAUUUUUAUAAACAAAUUCACCGGUAA